CAGUGACUGGAAGAGUAGCCGAGACUCCCCAGUGCCGCAUGCUAGCGCAUGCUUACUGAGAUGCUGGGCUACGCUACCCACAAUGCAUCCCUUUGAGGACCACACUAACCACAAUGCGCAUCGUGGCCCGCCCACGCGGCCUUGUUGCCACGCCCAAACAGCCGGCUCAGCCAAUGAUUCGAAGGCUGCGUUACCCACAAUGCCGCCCGCUGGCCCGGCCGCACGGCCUGGUUCCCAUUCCUGGUCUGCGGGUCUUCGGCCCGGCUCUGGCGUUCGGGGCUGCAAAACUUGAGGUCCGCGGUCUCACUCCAGCUCAUACCCACCGCUCCGACUCUGGCCCGAACUUUCCACGGCCCGCAGCUCUGCCAGGCCCUGAAAAAAACUCUUCCUGUGUCUGGCCAGUGGUAUACAGAGAGAGACAGGUUCAAUUCUAAGGCCUAAAAAGGAAUAAGGCCUGCUGGAACAAUGGCCACCAUCCCUGGCCUCCAGCCCCUGCCACCCUUGGAGCAGGAUCUGGAACAGGAUGAGAUCCUGAUUGUGAAGGUGGAGGAAGACUUCUGCUGGGAAGAGGAGCCCUCCGUGGAGACAGAGGACCCUAGCCCCGAGACUUUCCGCCAGCUCUUCCGGCUCUUCUGCUACCAGGAGGUGGCUGGGCCCCGGGAGGCCCUGAGCCGCCUCUGGGAGCUGUGCUGCCGCUGGCUGCGGCCGGAGCUGCGCACUAAGGAGCAGAUCCUGGAGCUGCUGGUGCUGGAGCAGUUCCUGACAGUGCUGCCAGGGGAGAUCCAGGCUCGGGUGCGCGAGCAGCAGCCGGAGAGCGGUGAGGAGGCCGUGGUCCUCGUGGAAGGGCUGCAGCGGGAGCCCAGGAAACACAGGCAGCGGGGCUCAGAGCUGCUUUCUGAUGAUGAGAUGCCCCUCGGGAUAGGGGGACAGUCCUUAAUAUGCCAGGCGGAGGCUCAGACGGAGGAGCUGUUUCCAGAGGAAGAGGCUCGAUGCUCCAGCCAGCAGCCCCCAGCCCAGCUAAGCCACAGGCCACAGAGGGGCCCACUGCUGUGGCCAGAGAGGGGUGAGCAACACCCCUUUGGAGGAACGGGAAGUGGUGCAGGGAAGGAAGCUGAAGGCCCUCCGGCUCCCCAGCAUCAGGAGAUGGCGUCAGCCUCGCCCCUCCUUUCGGCCUGGUCCCAGAGAUACAGUCUUUCUGUGCUGCCUAGGCUGGUCUUGAACUCCUGGGCUCAAGCGAUACUCUUGCCUCAGCCUCCCGAAGCUCUGGGAUUACAGGCGCCUGUGAAUUUGGAGGACGUGGCUGUAUACCUUUCUGGGGAGGAGCUAGGAUGCCUGGACCCAGCUCAGCAAGAUGCACCGCUGGAGAAUGAAGGACCUGUGAUCCAGUUGGUGGAUGGUGGCGAUGGCAGAGAGGACGCCCCAGUGAGGAUGGAGUGGUACCGAGUGUUCUCGGCGCGAUGCCAGGGCUCUGGCCACCCGCUCCCAAGUCAGAGGCCAGCCCCAGUCAGGGGCUUGGCCAGGCCUGAGCAACCAAGAGGUGGCCCCCCACCAGGAAGAGGGGCUUCCCACGGGGCUGACAAGCCGUAUACCUGCCCUGAGUGUGGCAAAGGCUUCAGCAAAACGUCCCACCUGACCAAGCACCAGCGCACACACACGGGUGAGCGGCCUUACAAGUGCCUGGUGUGCGGGAAGGGCUUCAGCGACCGCUCCAACUUCAGCACACACCAGAGGGUGCACACAGGCGAGAAGCCCUACCCGUGCCCCGAGUGCGGGAAGCGCUUCAGCCAGAGCUCCAGCCUGGUCAUCCACCGCAGGACGCACAGCGGGGAGCGGCCCUAUGCCUGCACCCUUUGUGGGAAGCGCUUCAACAACAGCUCCCACUUCAGCGCCCACCGCCGGACGCACACAGGUGAGAAGCCCUACACUUGCCCGGCCUGUGGCAAGGGCUUCCGCCGGGGCACCGACCUGCACAAGCACCAGCGGACCCACACGGGGACAGGCUCCCUGCUGACACUCCCGCCAAUGGCUCCUGGAGGCCCCGGGGCCAAGGCCUGAUCACCAUGCCUGAAGCUGCCUUUCCAGGACUCUCGUCCCUGGGCACAGAAUUCAGGAAGCUGCCAGAGACCCUGGUCCGAAAGCAUCACCUGUUGCCUCCCAUGGCCCAGUAUGAGGCCAGCAGGAGACAUUUGGGAUGCUCAGACUGAGGAGGAAGCUGGGCACUGGGCACAGAGCAAGAGCAAGUACAGGCUGUGUGAGUGUCCAGUGGCAGCCAGAACAGACGAGACAGAGCAAGGGCUUCAGACACAGUGACACACUCAGGAAGCCAGAAGCCCGCACCCAAGGUGUUGGUGGGGCUGGCUCCUGGAGGGCCUGGGAGGCUCCAUUAGCCACCUCCAGCGUCUGGUAGCUGCUGGCAUGUACCCUCAUCCUUGCACCCCUACCCGUCCCCUGUGUGUCUGUGACCCUGUGCGCCAUCUUCGUGUAUCCUCCCCUGUGCUUGCUUUUUCUUUUUCUUUUUAAGACAGGGCCUUGCUGUCACCCAGCUGGGAGUGAAGUGCCAUGAUCAUAGCUUACUGCAGCCUCGAACCCCUGGGCUCAAGCGAUCCUCCUGCCUUGGCCUCCUGAGUAGCUGGGUUACAGAAGUGUGCCGCCACGCCCAGCCUCUUUUUGGUAGGGCCACCACUCACUUGGUUUAGGGUCCCCCAAUUCACUGUAAUCUCAUCUUAACUAAUUAUAUCAUCAAAACCUGUGUUUGCAAACAAGGUCACAUUCUGAGGUCUGGGUGGACAUGAAUUUGAGGGGCCUCUCUCUGGCCUGCUGUAAGGAGCCCUGAUGUACCCCAGCCUUCCCAGGACCUGGUCUACAGCUUCUCCUCCAUCCUGCCAAGGUUUCCAAAUGAAGCCUGGGGCUGGCCAGCAUUCCAGUCCCUUUUGCAGAUCCAUAUCUGCUCUACAGGCUGGCAGACACCUGGGGUGGGAACGCAACCCUGAGUUCCACCUUCCUGACCUGUCACCAGGAUGUGACUGGCCUGACACCUCCCCAGGGACGGGGCUCAGGGCUGCCUUUGCUUCUGGUUCCUUAGUGUCUGGGACAUGGCUUCCAUGGUCGCCCCACUUUGUCUUUCUAAGGUAGGAAGCCUUCACCUUCCAGCUUCUGUCUUGCCUGUGCUGUGUGGGAACGUCUGGUCUACACAUCGUCUCGGCGUGUGAGUGGCCGAGGCGAGCGGUGUAAUGGAGUUCUUGGUGUAUGUAGUUGUCUCAGAAGUCAUAGGACAGCUGUGGACACCACUGGGUUCUGGAAUGUUCCAGCCGGGCAGUGGUGGUUCCUCAUGGGUAGGUAGCCUUAGCCCUUGUCCCAGCCUGGGAUGCUCCAUUUCAUUUGUCACCCGGUUGCCGUAUGUAUGUGCACAGUUUGAUCUUGUGGCACAGCCCAUGUUCCAGCUGUGUGACCUGCCCUUUCCUCAUUCCCUUAACUAACAUAAGUAGUCAGUGCUUCUGGCUCCUGUGUACUCUGUCCUGUGUCUGCAGAGUGGGACUGACUGGUUGAGGAACGGCGUUUACCUUCUAGAGCAGCUCUGGGAGCUCUCAUGGGGCAUAAGGUACCCAGCUAGAUGUGGCCAGGUCACCCUCCCACCAGCUAGCAAAGCACCUGGUGUUGCUGACACCCAUCUGCCCGUUGCAGCCUGAGCCCCCAGGCCUCUCUCACAUGAAGGCCUGUGCUGGAGGUGGCAGCCUGGGGGGGAGUGUGAUUGGGGUCUGCCCACUUUCUUUGCUCUGCUGUGGCCAUGGCCUCCUGCUGGCUCAGAGGGUCCCUUCCCGUCUGGGUGUCAUCCUCAGUGCUCACGUGAUGGAGUGUCACCGGAGCUGUGAGUCCCAGGUGCGUGCAUGUUGUGAUGUUCUCAAGCAUUCCAGUGGGGGGGCUCCCAUGAUUGUCUUUUUUUUUUUUUUUUUUGAGAUGGAGUUUUUCUCUGUUGCCAGGCUGGAGUGCAGUGAUGCGAUCUAGGCUCACUGCAACCUCAGCCUCCUGAGAACUUGGGACUACAGGCGCCUGCCACCAUACCCAGCUAAUUUUUGUAUUUUUAGUAGAGACGGGGUUUCAUCAUGUUGGCCAGGAUGGUCUUGAUCUCUUGAUGUCAUAUCUGCCUGCCUCAGCCUCCCAAAGUGCUAGGAUUAUAGACGUGAGCCACUGCACCUGUCCAUGAUUCUCGGGUGGAGGAACUGGAGCACUGGGAGUAUGAAAACCUUGCCUAGGUGGUGGAGCCAACUUAGGACCCAGAGCAGGCAGCAGGACACAUCCUGGAGACGAGGGGGAGAGAACAGGUGCCCAGGUCAGGGCUGAUCACAGCAAUUACAAAAGCUUCCUGUGAUGAUGGGGCUGCAGGAUAGUGCUGGCAAAGAAACAGGACCCAGGAAGACCAGGCAUGUCCGGUCAGUGGGGUGGUUCUCAGCAAGGGACAAGCAGCUGUCCCCAGCUCUUGCUGGUGAUCAACAACUGAGGCCGCUGCUCCACUCUACACAGGACAGUGUUUCCAGGGGUUUCCUGUAUUCUGUCUAGAUUCAUAAAGGUCAAAGGCCUUGAGAGUCUAUGUGUGCCUGUCUUAGGUAAAGAAGAGAAAGAGAAA